AUGGAUCCAACGAGUAGUAAAAUAAAUACAGAAAUUUUAGUUAAGUCUGAAACGUCGUCUACAACGAAACAACAACCCAAAAAUAUGUCUCAAAUACCCGACUGGAUUAAGGCAGAACUGUUUGAAAAUAUUUUGUGUGAAACUGUGCCGGAAUAUAAGGAAAUCAAAGAGUUUCGUGUUUAUAAUGCUUUGGGUCCGGGAGAAAAUUAUGUUGCCAUUGCUUUAAAGGUGCAGAUUGAAGUUCUACUUAACGAUAAUACCACACAUACACAAAACUACUUUCUAAAAGUGGCCCACGAUACUGAUUUGUAUAACACCCUGAUGUAUAAAUGGAAUGUCUUUAAUAAGGAAACGGAAGUGUAUCGCGUUUUUAUACCCGACUUUGAAGAAAUGUAUCGUGAAGUUGGUGUGGACGUGCGUUUUGGUCCGCAUUGUUAUGCGCUACCUGUUGAACAGGAAUAUCUGUUGCUGGAGGAUGUUAGCUUGCGUGGAUUUAAAAAUGCCAAUCGUCAAAAUUCUCUGGAUAUGGAACAUUGUAAAUGUGCCUUGAAAAAAUUGGCCCAAUGGCAUGCUGCGUCUGCUGUUCGUGUUGAACGCAAAGGACCCUACAAUGAAAUUUACCUCAAAGGUUCCAUUAAUCCCGAUGGAGAACCUUUGAUACGUUCUAUGUCAACAGCUGGCAUACGAAAUGUUUUAAAGGUUGCCCAAAAUCUAGACAAUAAAGUUAUUUAUUAUGCAGAGUUGGAACGUUUGAGCGAGGGAUUUUGUGAGUUUCUACUGCACAAUGUGGAAUUUGAUCCGCUGGAAUUUAAUGUCCUCAAUCAUGGUGAUUUUUGGUGUAAUAACAUGAUGUUCCGAUAUGAUGAUGACAUUGAGAAUAAGAUUCGUGAUGUAUAUCUUGUUGAUUAUCAAAUGGCUCGUUACGCUUCUCCCGGUGAUGAUAUUAUCUAUUUUUUAUUCACCUCUGUCCAGUUGGGCUUGAAGGUUGCAUGUUUCGAUGAACUUGUGAGAUAUUAUUACGAUCAUUUAAUUGAUAAUUUGAAAUUAUUGAAAUACUCUAAGAAAUUACCAACAUUGGCUGGCCUACAUAAAAUGAUUAUGGAAUCGAAGGCGUAUGGCACAUUUGCUGCAUUCAAUAUUAUGCCCACAGCAUUAGCCGAUCCGGUGGAUUCAGCAACACUGGACAAUCUGGUAAAUGACUCUGAACAUAAUGCUCAGGUUUAUCAGCAGGAACGUGUAAAACAACAUUUGGAGUUGGUACUGCCAUGGAUGUACUAUAAAGGAUUUUUGGAUUGCAAUUAA